CUUUAAUUUGCAUGUUUUGCACAUUUCCGGUUUGGAAAAACGUUUUUGAUUUUUACUUUUACUUGAAUUUUGAAAACGCACUACUUUUCAAGUUGAAAGCCAAAUCCAGAUAAGUAAGUAAACAUGACGGAUGCUAGUGGAAGUAGUCCCUAUGAACAAGGAGAGCUUGAGUCAACACCUGAGGGAGGUCAGGCUAUGGAAGAGGAUGAAGACAGUGUCAGUGAACUAUCAUUGUCUGUUCACUCUAAAGAGGCUCUAGACGAGGAGGAAAAUGAGGAACAAAAGAAAGAAGAUUCUAGCAGGGAAGACCUUGGCGGUGAAGACAGUGAUGCAUUAGAUAUCAAACCUCCACAGACACAUGCAGGACGAAAGGAAAAAAGCCAUAAACAUAAACGUAAAGAUGAUCACAGGAAAAACAAGAAUAAACAUGACCCAGAUCGUGAUCGAGACAGAAGAAGAGUGAAAGAAAAAGAACGGUCCUCUGUCUCACUGAAAUCCACAGCAGAAAGACCACAAUAUGCAAGAGACAAACAUGUUGUCAGCAAGAGAGACUCUUAUCAGGAUAAAAUCAAGGAAAGAGAAAGAAGAUUUAGAGAUAAACAGACCAUGCAAAGUGAAGAAGAAAAAAGGCUAAGAUCUAUCAAAGAAAGGGAGAGAUUAGAAAAAAUAGAAAGGGAACGAGAAAGAGACAAAAGACUGAGAGAAGAUAGAGAGAGGAAAGAAAUGGAAAGAAGAAAGAAAAGAGAAGAAGAAAAAUACAGAGAGGCACAGGCUAGAUUAGAAGCUUAUCGUUCAGAUAAAGACAGAAAUGAAAGGAAAUCAGACAAAUUAUCGAGUCAACAUAGAAGUAGAAGUAGAGACCCAAAUCGGAGAGAUGAUAGAGGGAGGGAAGAAAGAAGUCGUCAUAAACAUAAGUCACCUCAAAUGUCUCAACAGAAAGAAAGCAGAAGGCAACCAGAAAAGAGAGAAGUCCUAGAAGAAGAAUCUCCUAAGAAACAGACAGAUUUUCCAUCAAAACCUGAGAAGAAAGAGCCUGCUGAAGAAGAAGUAGAAGAGGAGGAAGAGGAAGAAGGAGGAACUGAAGAGGAAUCAGAAGAAGAAACAGAUUCAGACUCAGAGUCAGAUUCUGAAUCAGAAAGUGACAGUGAUAGUGAAAGCGAAAGUGAAAGUGAGGCUAGUAAACAUAGUGAGAAGGAAGAAGAAGAAGUACCUCAUUUAGAAAAAGUAAAAUCAAAGUUUGAUGACCAUUCAGAUAUUGAGAGUGAAACACACUCAGUCCACAUGAGUGACCAGGAAGAUGCCCAGUAUUAUUUAGAAGCCACUCCACCAGACUCGCCUGUAGAAUUAUUGCCUGACCUACCUCCAUACUACCCAGCAAUACAAGGCUGUAGGAAUGUAGAGGAGUUCCAGUGUCUUAAUAGGAUUGAAGAAGGAGCAUAUGGUGUUGUAUAUAGAGCUAAGGAUAAAAAGACAGAUGACAUUGUUGCCUUGAAGAGAUUAAAGAUGGAGAAAGAAAAGGAGGGUUUUCCAAUCACAUCACUGAGAGAAAUAAACACACUACUGAAGGCUCAACAUGUAAACAUAGUUACUGUCAGGGAGAUUGUAGUGGGUAGUAAUAUGGACAAGAUAUAUAUAGUUAUGGACUAUGUAGAACAUGAUCUGAAGAGUUUAAUGGAGACUAUGAAACAACCUUUCUUAGUCGGUGAAGUUAAAACAUUGUUGAAGCAGUUGUUGCUAGGUGUUGCUCAUCUCCAUGACAACUGGAUAAUACACAGAGAUUUAAAAACAUCCAAUUUAUUACUGAGUCACAAGGGUAUACUAAAAAUAGGAGAUUUUGGAUUAGCAAGAGAGUAUGGAGAACCAUUAAAACAUUACACCCCUGUUGUAGUAACACUGUGGUACAGAGCUCCUGAACUUUUACUUGGCAUUAAGGAAUAUUCCACACCUAUAGAUAUGUGGUCUGUGGGGUGUAUAUUUGCAGAGUUUUUAAUGAUGAAAGCUUUAUGGUCUGGGAAAUCAGAUAUUGAUCAACUUAAUAGAAUUUUUAAGGAUUUGGGGACACCUAGUGAGAAGAUAUGGCCAGGCUACAAUGAACUUCCUGCGAUAAAAAAAUUGUCAUUUGGUAGUUUUGCUGACCAUCCAUAUAAUACAUUACGGCAGAAAUUUGGAUCUUACCUUUCUGAUGCUGGUUUUAAUUUACUAAAUAGAUUUCUGACAUACAGUCCAACAAAACGAAUAACAGCAGAAGAAGCAAUGAAGGUGGAAUACUUCAAAGAAUCCCCAGAACCCAUAGACCCUUCAAUGUUCCCAACGUGGCCUGCUAAGAGUGAACAGCCAAGGAAACAUCAAAACUCACCUAAACCGCCAUCUGGUGGCAAAGCUUACAACAAAUUAUUGGGUGACGAUGAUGACAAUGCCAUAGGAUUCCAUUUAACCAAUGCUUCUAGCGGUGUGUCAGCAGUUGGACCAGGAUUUGCUCUCAAAUUCUAAAGACAGAUCAUACAUAACAUUGGAAAAUGAUAUGAGAAGUUCUCAGUGGCCGGGCAAUUGACAGAAGUAGUUUUUGAAACAGUGCUUGUUUUUAUUACUGAAUUUUGAAAAUCAUGAAAAAAACAAUUAGUAUGAUAAUGAUUAUACAAAUAAUUUAUGAACUGUUGAACAAAUCAGAAUCCUUAAAACCUAAGUUGUGUUCAAAUUGUGGUUAGAAAGACUAUGUAUAUAUAUACAAUGUAUAUAAAAUGUAUAUUUAAUAAAGCAUAAAUCAGUUUAUAA